GGCAAGGGAGUUCUGACAUCAGACAUUUUUUCUGGGGUGAAUAUUGAUCCAAAAAUUCUAGUGAAGAAGUUGGACACUGAUUCAAGGAAUCCUGUUUCAGUCAUAAAAGAUGAAGAUGAAAAAGUAAUGUCUAAGAAAGAAAAAAUGAAGAUGCGUAAGGAGAGAUGGCUGCAAAAAAUUGAGAGCAUUAAGUUGGCAAAGCAGCAGCACAAAGCGGAGGCAAAGAGGAAAGCAACUCCAGUUGUUGGAGAUAUGCAUCCAUUGAUGAAUGCUCUGCCUGAACUUUCAGAUCUGGUGACAGUAAGCAAGUUCUGCAAACAGCGUAAUACAGUGCAGAAGAAGAAGAAAGUGUUGACAAAUUUCAACCAGAUGAAAUCAGCCCAGAAACGCAAAGUCUUGGAAGAGGAAAUGGCACAGUUUCACAAGACAAUAUCAAACCCUUUGUUCAAAGCCAACCCUCUGUCAAUCAUUAGUCAGCAUCUUUCCAAAAGACUAAAACAGGAGAACGAGGAAGAACCACUUUAAUACAUGACCGAGGAUGUUUGAAAAUUCCAGCAAUUGACUCCAUCAUGGUUUUAUCUAUACAGGUAGCUUAAUGUAACCUUCAGAAACCGGACCCAGUAACUUUGUUUGCUGAGCACAGAAAUAAGGUGAUCGACAUCAAUUUGUGCACUAUGAAUACUAGUUACAACUCUGGAUUGUUUUGUUGGAGACUUGUGGAACUCUGUAGAUGUAAGACUGUUCUAAUUUCCCAAAUGUAUCCUAAUUAUAGUUCAGGUCUUUUUAUUUCCCCCUCUAUAGCUUCUGUAAUGUAAUGUAUAAAUCACCAACUUUCUAUUUCUGAGUAAUGUAAACUUUUUUGUUUGUUUCUUUUUGUGAGCAGUUAAAUAGCUGCCGUUAGAGCAGUGGUUCUCAA